AUGGCAAUCCCAGGUCAACGAUUUGAGUUAAAUCUCGAUGCUCCUGAUUUCGCAUUCACACCGUUAGAAGACAAUGCUGAGCAUGAUGACCAUUCGCUCUCCGCUGUGAAAGAAAUCCAGGAACAUGACACUGACUCAGUGCCAGCCGCCCCAUCGCUGAAGUCGUCCAGGUCUGGCUUUCCCGAGCACAAGCGUCGCAAUGUUUCUGUUUUCAAGAGGAAUCAACAGGCAUCUAGCUCUAGGCUGCGACCCUCUAUCCCUACCCAGGUCGAACCCUCUGACCGAGCCAUCGCCCACCAUGUGAGCAAGAAGUACGGAGUGGAUCUGGAGAGCCAGCAAAAGGCGGACAUCAGCGAGGAAAAUAAGAGAAGAAUUGCUGAAAUGUCAAUAGGCGAUAUCGAAGAGGCCCGCGCUGAAUUAAUGCGAAAUCUCAAUCCUGCCUUUCUGGAACGUCUACUGAAACGUGCCAACAUUGAAGAAGAUCAACAAGAACAAAAGCAAUGGCCACAAGAACCGGGCGAGGACCACGGGCAUGACCAGAGCGAUGCUAGACAAGACUUGGACCUCGUAGAAGACACAGGUGUGCCGGCACUCCCACCUGAUGGCACCCCAUCUGCGCCGUCCGUUCAUUUUCCCGUCCCUCCCCGAUCUCAAGACGAUUUCAUCCCUCUCGACCCGAACAACCCUUCCUUCUUCUCCGAACUCCGAUCCCAUUAUUUUCCAGACACUCCUCAUGAUCCCUCCACAAUGACCUGGCUGCAGGACCCUACUGAGGAAGAGACCCAGGCAUCCCUGUACAAUCCGGAAAGAGAAUCAUUCCUGGCCUCUGCCCUGCGCUUCGGCUUCAAUGGACGCUUGAUUCCUCCAAAGGAGAGUUUAGAAAUUGAUGUUAGACAAGGUCUGCACCAUCACGGUGAUGAGCCUAGCAGUGCUGGCUAUACGAUCCCUGAACUGGCCAUACUUGCGCGAUCGGCCCUCCCGAAUCAGCGAUGUGUGGCGUAUCAAUUGUUGGGCAGAAUUCUGUUUAGGCUCGGCCGUGGGGAUUUUGGCCCCAGAGGUGGCGAGUUGCAGGAAGCCCUAUGGUCGGUGAUCGAAAGAGAAAGACCUCUUGAAGUCAUGAUGGCAGAAGCCAACAGGCAGUCCGGUCACGCCAGUACCAAAGCCCACGCUGUCGAGGCGCUUUGGCUUUGGAGAAAGGGCGGUGGAGGCGAUAGAGGUGUUUUGAAACCAGGACAGAGGUUCGCAAAAUGA